UUCCAAGAUGGAUCAGCUUGCCGGUGUGAUGUGAACAGGUGCUAUCUCUUAGGUUAAAGCUCCUAACAAUGGAGCGAACCCCCCCGGGGGCCUGAGGCGUUCAUGCGGGUUAACGAGUAGGUCAACGUGCGUACAGUCACAAGGCUCAGAAGCAGAGGCAAUGCGCAUUUACACCAGUCACUAGGGUCCGGGAUGAACUGCAUCAGCGGCAAGCGAACGAAUGAGGCAGAAACUUUAAAAGUCCAAUUUUGAAAUUGAAUGCAUGAUGUAACAAAAUUUAAACUUGACAUUGUAAUAGGUAGUGGACUCUGGAGAGCCAGGAAGGCGCCUUUCAGGACUGGUUCCACAACGCUGCGUCGUUGUAGACGGGCUGGCCUCCUACCAUUUGCGAUGCUAAGUCAGCAGCUAUGUGAAGACCAGAGUCACACCUACGCAGACAAAGUGUGCUACUCAGACGGCGCUCUUGAGCCAGGACGCUGUAGAAGCGUUGAGUAUGAGAAUGAACGCCGUGUCUCUGACCGCUGUCGAAGAGCUGAGUGAUGAUGAAAGACGAGCUUUGCGGGCAAGUCGGUUCGGAGGGGCCUCUGGUCUGCAGCCCCUUACUAGAGAAGCGCCCAAAGCAAAGAGACUUGCCCAUCCAGGAGGCCCUGUCGUAACCAACAAAGCUGCGGCGCUUGCCCGCUUCCUGAAGAGGAAGUUGCAGGAUCCAGAGGGUUUUGCUGCCCUUGACCCCGAGCUUGUGGAGAAGGCUGUCAAGGCUGCGAAAACAGGGAAAACGACUCAGGCGCCCGGGGUCGCUGGACCUGAUCAACGAAACGAUGAGGAUUCAAAUGGGUCAGAGGACGACGAAAAAUCAAGGAACCCAAAGACAAAGGCCAAAAGCAUCAAGGACAAGAAACUGUCCAACAACGUCAUUCUCAAUAGUAGUCAGAACAAGAAGGAUGAUCGGGAACUGAAAGUAAAGAAGAAAAAGAAGAAGCGAAGAAAAGCAGCAAUCUGAAUACCAAGUGAGGAUAAAUUUGUUAAAACGCAAGCCUGGCCUGAAGACUUGUUGACUUGAAUGCGGCAAUGCUGCAUCAAAAUUGGCCCUCCGCACAAGUGAGUGUCCUGGCUAUAAGCAGGUUGGGUCGAGUGUAUGUUAAACUUACAAUUCAGAAAUCUGCCAUCUAGCUCAAUCAUGGCAAUAGCGCGC